AACAACAACAACGUCCUCAUAUUAAAUAGGGACUAUUUAACCACUCUGAGAACAACGUGACGUUUUAAAUUAAAGCCCCAAUAGCAAAGAUAGAAAAAAGAAACUUUAUUUCUCUUAGUAAUACAAUAAUCCUUAUAGAACGGGUCAAGCAAGAUAUCUUUUUUGUUUGUUUCCCUUGUUAAUCGUUAUAAACUUGUUUCUCAAUAAAACUUGAGUUUUUAAAAAUCCAGUCUUGCAAAUUCAUCGACGAUGUUAGAUCCUUCUUCUGCUAAAUCCUUCAAUACCCAUUUGUGUUUUCCGAGUAUUCCCAAUGAUGAUCACUCAGAUUCCGGUGUCUGUUCGCCUACUUUGUGGAGAACCAGUCCCCCGAAGAGUCCUCCUCCUUUUCACCGGCCGGAAGAUUACUGGAGUCUUUCGCCGGAUUCUAAAGCACAGGCUAUUGCUCGUGGUCAACGGGAGCUUAUGGAAAUGGUUAGUAAGAUGCCUGAGUCGUGUUACGAGCUUUCAUUGAAGGAUCUUGUUGAAGUUAAGGUGAAUCAAGAGAAUGAACGGAAGGUGUUCGAUGAAUUGCCUAAGAGAGCAAAUAGGCAGAGUAAAGUUGUGAGGAAGACGAAGAGUGAUAAACGGGUUGAUCCGAAUAGGAGUGGAGGAGGAAAUAAUAGUGGGUUUCUUCUCAAAAUUAUGUUUCUGGUUAGUUUAGGAGCUAUGAAGGAUACGACUAAGAAGAAGAAGAAGAAGAAAAAGGAUGAGGCUUGUAAGGUUUCACCGAGACCUUCGAUCUCUGAGGAGACUGUGAAAGUAGAGGAUAAAGAAUGGUGGAAUAGAAUGUCUGAAUCGAGCACAAAGAGGAGUGGUAGUAGCAGUAGCAACAACAGUAUUAGGAGCCGAAGCAGCUUAAGGGAUGAAAAAAGUAGCUGCUUCUCUUUUCUUACAUUCAAGAAACUAAUUCCUCAGUAUCUGAAACAAAGAUUUAUUGGCUUAAGAAGCAGAGCUUGAUAAACGCAUACACUCGAGUCAGUGUUUGCAGUCUAAUCUUCAGGAGGAACAGCUCAGAGAACGGACACAAAGAUGAUCACUUUUCCGAUAAAUUUUUGCUUCUGCAAAAGCCUAAGUAUCCUUUUGGAUAUGGUUUUAAGUUAUGUAAAUAGAGAUUAAUGUGCAGUUGUGCACUGAUUAGUCUCUCACAACUCUUGGAUUUUGAAUUCUAAUGUACAGUGGUGUUUAGUGUUUAGAAUCUACUUGAUUUUUUUUUUACCUUUAGUUAUCAAAAGCCUAAAACCAAUAAUAACAAUCUUUGCCUUAAAAGGAGUGUCAUGUUUUUGUUCAAAGAGAAAG